GAAGUCAAAGCUGAGAUGCCCACUGAACUUGUAUGUACAUCAAGCAGAGUUCAGAUUAUGACCAACAAUACUGUGAAAGUGGAUCAACAAGAAUUGUCACCCAGGUCUCCAGAGAAGACAUGGUCCAAAGAUGAAGACAGUGAAGAGAAAAGUUCCUUAGAACAUGCUCAAUUGGCCACACAGUAUAAAGCAUCUAUUCGAGAAAACGUGGAACUGAUCCAAGUGAUGAGACUCCUGCACGAGAGAAGCGCAGCACUUGCGGCAGCAAAGGCACAAGAAGCAGACCUGCAGGAGAAUCAGAAGAUAUUAAGCGCAGCCUAUAAUGAUAUGCUAUCUCAACUGGAAGAGUUCAAUAAAGAAUUGAAAGAAAAGAGCAAGGCAGUGGUGAACCUGGAGAAACAGUUGUCAGACAUGUCUGUCCUGCGGAUUACAGUGAGAGAGUUUCAAGAAAGAAUGGAAGACUUGAAAAGAGAGAGAAGUCUCUUGAAGAACAAUCAUGACAGACUCUUAAAAAACAUGCUAAACAGCAGCAACCAGCCCCACUGGAGCACCGACCUCAUGAAAGAACGGCUCCAGCAGAAAGUCUCUCACCUACAGGAGCAGUUGGAUUCUGAAGUAGCCGAGAAGAGAAAGAUUUUGCUUCAACUGGCCAAGGAACAGGCUGAAAAUGCAGAUCUGAAGCAGGAAGUCAAUCAGAUGCUAAUGAAACAUAAAAAGGAAGUAGAAAUUCUCCAACAGAAAACUAACACCCAUUCUAUUAGCAGUCAAUCAGAAUCAGAAUUUUUGCAAACUUCACAAGAAGAUUAUACUAAAGAAACACAGACCCAUGAACUGAGUCCUCCACCAGUAAAGAAAGAAGAGGAAAAGACCCUGUCUUGGGCUUAUAAUCAGAUGAAGGUAGCACAUGCAGAAACUGCUCUAGAAUUAGAGAAGACAAAAGACAUGCUCUUUCUGCAGCAUCAGAUCAACAAACGUUACCAGAAUGAAUUGGAAAUUGUGAAGAUAAAAGCUGAUAACAGUGAGAGAGAGCACAAGGAAGAGUGGGAGAAGUUGAACCAGCUCCUGGACCUCAAGAACAAUCGCAUUCAACAGCUAGAAGGUAGUUUGGGCCGCCAAAGACUUACGGCUGGGUUUGCACAGCUCAGAGAUGUGGCUUAUGGUACCCUGCGGUUCCCGCUGCGUCCGGAAAUGAUGCCCAUCCGUGGGGAGAAUGACGUGGUGGACAGUCUUCAGCUGCGUCAGGGUGAAAACCUUUUUGAACUGCAUAUUCAUCAGGCCUCUCUGUCGCCCGCAGCCCUGUCUUACGCUGGGGAUGCCCAGCUUGCUUCCUUCUGUACCUAUUCCUUUUAUGACUUUGAAAUCCACUGCACCCCGCUGGCCGAGGGGCCACAGCCUCUCUACGAUUUCACCUCCCAGUACGUGGUGAGGACAGAUUCCCUUUUCCUGAGCUACUUACAGGGAGCUUUGUUCCGAAUCGUCCUCCACCAGGCUGUGGCUAUUGACCACAGUAUCCUUGCAGUUGGGUGCCUUCGUUUUGACCAGGUGUUAGAGACGGAGGAGAAGGUCCGUGGCACCGCCGUGCUUUCUGGGACUAAUGGAGAAGACUUUGGGACGCUGGAUUACUGGAUGAGGCUGAGAGUCCCCAUAGCACACUGCCUAUGGGCAUCCAGUAAGCGACUGAAAGCCCAAGCUUACCUGUCUGCAAAUGUGCUUGGGGCCAGGAAGGUUCAGCCAGAGGAGUCCAGAUCAGAGAUUUUCAAGCUCAGGAAUGUAUUGUGGGUGGAAAUCGUCAGGUGCUGCAGCCUCCGGAGCCGCCGUGUGGGGACACAGCCCAGCCCUUAUGCCAUCUACCAAUUCUUCACCUUUUCUGACCAUGACACACCCAUCAUUCCUGCCAGCAACCACCCCCACUUUGGUGAUCGGGCCAGCUUCCCAGUGCACAUGACGUUGGAACUGGAUCAAUAUCUCAGGCAGACGGUCCUGUCUAUUUAUGUGUUUGAUGACAAUGAAUCUGAGCUAGGCUGGUUCCUUGGCAAAGCUCAGGUACCUUUGCAGCCUCUUGCACAAGAUAAAGCCAUUCAAGGUAACUUCAUCCUCAGUGACCCUGUGGGGAAACCCAAUGGAUCCAUUGAACUGAAAUUGGAUUGGGAGUCUCAUUACCUAUCCCAGGAGAGUUCUCUGAAGCCAGCAACCCAGACUGUUGAAAAUUACAACAAGGCACCCCUGUCUGUGGACAACUACAAGGAAGCACCCUUAUUUGUAGAAAACUACAUCACGGCAAACCGGAAUAUAAAAGAUUACAGUGAGGCACCCUCCUCCAUGGAAAACAACAACGCAAAGCUGCCUAAGGAACGUGGCAAUGAGGCACCCCUGUUUGUGGAAUGUUACGAUGAGGCACCCCUGUUGGAAGAAAAUUAUGAGGCACUUCUACCUACCAAAAAUCACAAUGAGGCAAAUCUAUCUAUAGAAAAUAAUGAUGAAGAAAAACUGUCUGUAGAAAAUUACAAGGAGGCAAACCUGUCUGUAGAAGAUUAUAAUGAGACAAACUUGAUUACAGAAAGUUACAAUGAGGCAAACCUGUCUAUAGAAGAUUAUGAAGAAAACCUUCCUUUUGAAAAUUACAACAAGGCAAACAAGUCUAUAGAAAACUGCGACGCAGCAAAUCUAUCUAUAGAAAGCUGUGACAAGGUAGAAAAACUCUACGAGACAAACCUGUUUGUAGAAAACUUUGAAGAGACAAACCUGUCUGUAGAAAACUUUGGGGAGACAAACUUGUAUGUAGAAAACUUUGAGGAGACAAACUUGUCAGUAGAACAAUGCCAUAAGGCAAACCUGUCCAUAGAAAACUGUGAGAAGACAAAUCUGUCUAUAGAAAACUUUGAGGAGACAAAUCUCUCUCUAGAAAACUGUGAGGAGCCAAACCUGUCAAUAGAGACAAACCUGUCUAUAGAAAAAUGCGAGGAGGUAGAAAAAUGCUACAAGGCAAACCUGUCUGUAGAAAACUGUGAGGAGACAAAUCUGUCUAUAGUAAACUUCGAGGAGGUAGAAAAAUGCUACGAGGCAAAUCUGUCUGUAGAAAACUGUGAGAAGACAAACUUGUCUAUAGAAAAAUGCGAGGAGGUAGAAAAAUGCUACGAGGCAAACUUGUCUGUAGAAAAUUGCGCCGAGGUAGAAAACAGUGAGCAGGCAAACCUGACUAUAGAAAAAUGCGAGGAGGUAGAAAAAUGCAACGAGGCAAACCUGUCUGUAGAAAACUGCACCGAGGUAGAAAACAGUAAGCAGGCAAACCUGCCUAUAGAAAAAUGCGAGGAGGCAGAAAACAGUGAGGAGAAAAACCUGGCUAUAGAAAACUGCGAGGAGGAGGCAGAAAACAGUGAGGAGGCAAAGCUGUAUGUAGAAAACUGUGAAGAGGUAGAAAACAGUGUGGAGACAAGCCUGGCCUUAGAAAACAGUGAGGAGACAAACCUGGCUGUAGAAAACCGUGAGGAGGCAGAACUGGUUGUAAAAAACAGUGAGGAGGAGGAGGAGGCAGAACUGGCUGUAGAAAACAGUGAGGAGGCAGAACUGGCUGUAGAAAACAGAGAGGAGGCAAACCUAUCUAUAGAAAACAGUGAGGAGGCAAACCUGGCUGUAGAAAACUGUGAAGAUGCAAACCUGUUUAUAGAAAAUUACAAUGAGAUGCCCCUGUUGGUAGAAGAUUAUAAAAAAACAUCUCAACCUAUAGAAAAGUAUAAUGAGAAACCUAUAGAGAUUCCAGUUGAAGAAGAAAACAUUUUAUUUCACCAGGAGCAGAUGAACAUGCUGAAAUCAUCAGGCACUAUUGACGAUGCAGAAAAAGAGCCAGAGGAAGAGCAAUGUUACAUAGAAAUAACGCAGGAAGAGCCUCCAUCUCCUGACACUGAGGUGGACCAAGCUUUUGAACAAGCUGACGAAAUCAGUGAAGCACAGACUACAGACAGUGAAGACAUCAUAGUGACUCCCCUGACCCAGAAAGGACCUAAGACAAAUUCUGACAAGAUUUGCAUUGAAAUUGUGUCUCUGGCCUUUGACCCUGAGGCUGAAGUGAUGUCUGAUGAGAGCAUCCAGCAAGUGUAUGUGGAGUACAAAUUUCAUGAUCUGCCCUUGUCAGAGACGGAGACACCCGUAUCCCUUCGGAAACCCAGAGCAGGGGAAGAUAUCCACUUUCACUUCAGCAAAGUGAUAGACCUGAACCCAGUGGAACACCGAGACCGAAGGAAGUUUCUCUUUUCUAUGCUUCAAGAAAAGAAUCCUGAGCAGAGGCAGUUGAAGUUUAUAGUGGUGAGUGAUCCUGAAGAGCAAAAGAAUGAAUGUCAAGAAGUAGGCUAUGCUUACUUGGAACUGUGGCAGAUCCUGGAUACAGGAAGAGACAUUUUAGAACAAGAGAUAGACAUCGUCAACCCUCAGGACAAUGCCACCUCCAUUGGAAAACUGAAAGUGUCCCUUCAAGCAACUGAUGCACUCCACGCCAUUUUCAGGGAGAUGAAUGAAGAUAUGCAUUUGUGAUGAAGCAGAUGCAAGGGGCCUCUUAUCUAGAACUGAAUAUAUAUCACAGUCAUUUUGAGGGGACCAUUGUAAAAGCCUGCUUACAAAGUGCUUUGCUAUUCCACAGAUUUAUAACCCUGUACAUUUUAAGUAGUGAUGUCUGGUGUCUCCUUCGCUAUCAUGGAGAAAACUAGACUCAUUGUUAUCUUUGUCUGGUACCAACUUUAUAAUAACUUUUGCUAUCUGUUCAAAUAUGGCUCCUGCAGUACAAGGUCUUGGUCCUUUAUUAGGUGAGAAAGCAGAUUGAAAUUUGCUCAUGACCUCUUUCAGGCUACUUUGGAAACUGCACAAAAGAACUGUCACAAGAGGUGAACUUACAAAAAAAAACACAUUUUAUUCAUCUUUUAGUUCUUCCAAAGUUGAAAAUAUCAAGUCCUACUGCUAAGGAGAAAAAACAAAUAAAACAAAAAGUUCCCCUCUCUCUCCUAAAGUCACAGGACACAGAAUAAUCUGUUCUGGGACGGGUGAGUGCAGAGGACUAGGAGGGGGAGAUGGCAAGCAAAAACCCCUCCCAAAUACUUAAAAACAAAAAAACCUGUUCAACAGAAACUGUGAUAAAUACAGGACAAUGCAAGACAAGUAAAAAUGAAGAACAGUGA